AUGGCUCAGCCGCAGCAGCUCUACCAGUGGCUGGAAACCUCACAUCCACAGGCAGGGCUCGCAGCUCGCUCGGCUCGGAGAGGAUUUUUCCCCCUCCCUCCAGCUGAAACCUCGCAGAAAACUCCCCCUGCGGUCGACUGGAAAAUGAGCUCACCCAAAUCUCGGAGGCGCCCCUGCCCAGGCCGCCGCGCAUUGGCUGUGGGGAAAAUCAAUUAUCAAAUAAUCGAUCAGCAGGGAGCUUCGAUCUGCGGGGAAUGCAAACUGCCAGUCCCUAUUCCCGCCCUGAAGGUGGCCAAAAGGCUGACUCCCUCCAAGCAGCCCGCCCGCUCCUCCAUCGCCCCCACCCACUUCCCACUCGCCAGCUGCGGACUGAACCCUCACCCUCAAGGGGGUGUAGCCUCAGGGGUUCUUCGGCAAAGAGGUAACGAGGCUUGGAGUUACCACAACUCUGCGGCCACGUUUUCAAAUUUGGAAAAGAUGAAAAAAGAAGGUUCAGGCGAUUUAUGCGAGAAAGGGCCAAUUUGAAAACUGGUAACUAGUGGGAGAAAUAAACUUAUAAGCCACGAACACAUCGUUUCGCAACCGAGCCCACAGCCCCGCGAGGCGCCCCUUCUUCCCAGCUCUCGGAGGAUAACUUCAUUGACUGGCAGGUCGGUGGCCACUUCUGGGAGGGCCACUGUUUACCGAAUGAGAACCUCUCAUCGCACAGUCCUUACAGCAGGGCUGCCUUGUCGCCCGUGCGCGUCCGGGUGCCGGGUCCCGGCGGUGUUCUGCAGCGCGAUCCGGUCCCCGUGCCCUGAGCCACCCAGAGCCCUGUGCCUGCCUACACCCUGGGGCGCGCUGACUCCCUGGGUUGGGUGGGGGUCCCGGCAGGAUGCACUUCCAGCUGCGGGGUCCGCGGAGUUUGCUCGCACCUGGUUUGGCGCAGGGACGUAGGUUUGGGGGACUGUGUCCCCUGGGAAGAGAAAAAGGUGAAAAGGUCCCCUCUCCCACCAGUGUGCCCCAUCCCCGCCAGUUUUGACUGCGAUCAUAUUUUUCUGUUUGGGGGUCGCCUCAGCCUGUGCCGGAGGGAGUUGGUCAGGCUUGGGCAGCGGUGCGUGGCAGCCCGGCAGCCGGAGCAGGAGCGCGAGGACCCGCGGACUGGGGCGCAGCGACGAUGGCGCACCCGCUUCUGUCUUCUGCUGCUUUGGGGCUGAGCAUCCGAAGGCGCCUUUCUCCCCAGCUGGACUCGGGGACGCCGGAUCACCCCGCCACCUGCCUCUUGGCCUAAUUCUGGAAUUUUCUCGCCUCCGUUCCUGGACGGCUCUUUCUCAGGGGCAGCAAUGAGCCCCGGGGUGCGCUCAUCUUCUCGGAGAUCAAGUGUGCUCUGCGAGUCCCUUUAGGACUUGGAGGGGGGAGGGGUUGGGGACCCCGGCCCCAGAGUGCCUCCUGCGGCACGGCGGCCCACUCGGAGGGGUCGCAACAAGCGCGCGUUUGUGGCCGAGGUUGUGAUUUCAGGUGCGCUAAUGGGAUUAGAGGUCCUGGGAGAAACGUGAGGGGGUUGGUGCGCUUCCUUCUCCCGGCUUCCAGCUGCCGCCGGUGGAAGUGGGGACACAGGAGGGCCGCACUACGGGCGCCCAGCGCGGGCGCUCACACCUCUUCAGGAGGCGUGGAACCCAGCGCCCCAGGGUGGGGGUAGGGGGCGGGGGAUAUAGGUAGUGAGGGGUGAGGCUGGGAGAGGACGGGGAGAGGUAGGAAAGGAGUCAGCCGGGGACACUACUGAGAGAGGGAGUAAGAGAGUGCGCUGCAGAACCGGGGACAGAGCCGCAGAACCGACCGAGAGCUAGAAUUGGAUUGCAUCCUGUCCCAGCACCAGGACACAGAUAAACAGCCUCCCUGCGCUGGUACUCGUCAGAGAAGGGGAAACCCGCGUUCCCGCGCUGCUGCUUUCUGCUUCGGAGAGCCUUAUCUAGACUUUUGCAUAAUUGCGUGUUGGCUUUCCUAAAUAAUUCGGAAGAGCGAUUUCUGCUUUCACUUGUUCACAUAGGCAAACAAUCCCUGUGGGGAAAAUGUGUGUGUGUGCGUGUGUGCGCGCGCGCGCGCGCGCGCGUUCCGGUGACAAUUGAGGUCAGAGGCAAACACAUCCUCUUUCAAAAUGUCCCUUAGGUGAUCCCAGAAAUGACUGUCCUGCUCUAGGCAGUGGGAGUCACCAUCCACUGGGUAGGGGGCUGUGAUUACUCUGCCUAGGGACCACUUUUCACAGCUCCUUCCCCACCGUAGAUAAGGGUGUUAAAUCAAGGCAUUUAGUUCUACUUUUCCAUUGCACAAAUAAGCAAGCUGAGACCCAGAUAGGUUAAGUGAAGUAUCCAAUCUCUUCUCUCCCUUUCUUUUCUGUAUGCCUCAAGAUGGUUUUAUACACACACACACACACAUACAUAUACACACAUACACACACCUUGAACUAGGAAAAAAAAUCACAACUACGGAAGAAAUCUUUUUUACUCUUCUUAUUUCCUAAGACCAAAAGUCAGAGCUUGUCUUCUGUCAGAAGCAGAUGGUGUGUAAUGGCGGUGUGUGAGUGUGCAAGUGUGGGGGGCUGGGCGUUGGCUCCAUCCUUCCUCCUUCUCUACUCCAACCCUGACUCCAUCACCGAGCCCCUUUAGGGAAGCACAAGGCAAGACGCUGUACCUCUAUGCAGAAGACCCCUCCAGGCAGAGACCUUGAAGAAAUGAAACAGCAGGGAGAAACUGUAUUUGGUGGUGAAAAUGCUGGAAUCUUCUAGGCCUUGCUCAACUCCAACCAGCUACUUCUCCAAAAUAAAGUAAAACAAAACAAAACAAGGCAAACAACAACCACCUCAGGCCUUUUGCAUCAACUUCCUGUGACUAAGUGACCCUAAGCAGAGAACUGGCUCAGGUCACUUAGGACAGGGGUAGGACAUUGAAGGCCUUAUUUACUCCAGGAUUAAAAACAACAUCCCCUCUAACCCUGUCUCUCUUGGGCAGCCUGUCUUUUAAGGAUGUGAAAAGCAACUUCUUGGAGUCUAAACAGACACAAUACCCCACUGGGAUGUUUAGGUAUCAGGUUCACAAAAACAGCAUUUUACUCCUGCUUCCCCGAACCCCAAUGCAACCCAGGCUACCAUACUCUUUGCAAGAAUAUCUGGUAUCUUUUCCGGGCAAUAGGAAUUGAGUUGGCACUUCCUGAAAUGUUUUUAUUUUUAGCUUCAAAUAAUUUUGCUCCUAAAACAAAUUAGUUACUUAUCCUCUUCUCACCAUGCCCUAAUUAUUUUUAGCUUUAUUCUAAUUUUUUUGUCACCUUGAAUUUUGUCUUGAUUUGAGAGUUUGGUACAGAAUACUUGCUUGCAGGCUGGUAAUCUGCAGUUUAUUUUGUUUUUAAAAAACUCUGUGAAGUUUACUGUUGUUUUAAAACUCAUGGAAUAUUAACAAAAAAUAACCUAAUAAUACACUUCGAGGCUUAAACUUUGGUUAUAGUCUAUGUCCUAGCCUAGCUUUUAUGAUAAGCCUGUUGCAUUUUAAAGGUGCUUAUUGAUUCACAUCUCUUUCAGUAAAAAAUCAUUUGAGGAACCCAGAUUUUUGAAAGCUAUUUAAUUUGCAUGUAUUUAGUCAUUACAGGCUAAAACUGAAGAAUGAGUUUGGAAACUGGUUCUAUUAGAAAACGCUGUUUGCACAUCCAAAUGUUCCCAGUCAAGAUUUCCCAAUAGUGGCAGUGAGGAAGAGAGGCAGAGAGAAUUAGGAUACUUGGGUUCAAAUUUUAGCUUAGUCACUGAUGGGCUGAUUGAAUGAGAAGAACUUAAUCACCUGCAAAAUGAAUUGCUUACACUAUUUUGAUCUCUAAAUACACUUUUGAUUCUGAUAUUUAAUGAUUUUGUAUUACAAAAUUGGGCAGAAAAUGCAUACCUUCGUAAUAAGCAAAAAAUUUUGCUGUUAACACAUCAUACUUAUUUUAGAGUAAAUUUGAAGGAGGUUGAUGUUUUGGAAUUUGGUUGGAGAGUUAUCCAAAAGCAAUGUUUCCCUGACUCAACUGCAACCAAUUACACACAGUAUCCAGUAGGAAAAGGAUUAAGUUGUCCAGACAAAAUAUAAUGGUAACAAAAAAUAAUCUUGUGCUUUUGACAUCUUUCUGUUUACUUGUUUUUGUCCUGUUCUAAUGCCCCCUGAAUUACUAUUUUUUUAAAAAUAGUCUCAUCUAAAAUAAAACAUAGUAAUGUGUUUUCAAACGAAACAUUAUAUUGUAGUUACGAUUUCUUUUGUAUAGUUUCCUAAUGCAGACUACAAUAAAUACACUAAAAUAUUUCAAA